UUGACACAACUUUCUUCAUAGUUCGUAUUUUUAACGCGUGUUUUUGACGUGUAAUUAUAACGUGAAUUUUAAAGAUAUGUGUAAAAUACAGUAAACAAAAAGACAGAUAUAUUUGUUCCUAAAUAAUGACUACCAUACCAUCAAUAGCCGGCUUAACUAACCGGAACUUGUUCCGGAUUAAAUUUGGGGAACCAUACGAGGAAGUAAAUGUUAGAGAUGAAACUACUACAAAUAUUCGAAGUAUCGUAUUUAGCCCAAAAGGAACUUACCUAGCUUACCGUACAGAUAAGAAGGCUGAGAUAAUAAAAUGUGUGGACUGGUCAGUUGCUGUUUCAAUUGAUGGAAACUUCAAAGAGAUGUUUUUCUCACCAUUGGAUAAUUAUUUUAUUGUAUGGGAAAUGUAUGCUAUGACAAAAGAAAAUCCUCAGGGUAAACCUAAUCUUCAUAUAUUCCAGUCAUCUAAUGGAAAGAAGAUAGAGUCAUUUGUACAAAAAAAUCAGACCGGUUGGGAACCAAAAUGGUCAUCAGAUGAAAAACUAUUUGCGAUACUCAAUAACAAUAGGGUACUAAUAUAUGAAGAUGUAAAACUGGAUCACUACACUCAUAACAUCCAAGCAGAGAAAUUGCAAUCUUUUAGUAUAUCACCAAGUGCAGCUCCAAACUAUUACUUUUCAAUAUUUACAUUAGGUAAAUCAGGCCAGCCAUCCUUCUGGCGCGUUUUCAAGUAUCCCCAGUUUGACCAAGCUGUUGUUAGCCGAUCAUCGUUCCAGGCUGAUAAGGCAACAUUCCACUGGAACAGACGAGGCACUAACGUUUUUGCUUUAACUCAAACAGAUGUAGACAAAACAGGAAGUUCUUACUAUGGAAAGCAGGCUUUAUCAUAUGGAGACGUAAAGGGCAAUGCUGGAAAUAUGGUUUUCAGUAAAGAAGGUCCCAUCCACGCUAUAUCCUGGAAUCCUGGUAAUUGGAAUGAAUGGGUCGCGGUGUACGGACACGCGCCGGCUAAGGCUACUCUUUUCAACGCCAAGUGCGAUCCGCUCUUCGAGUUCGGAACAGGCGCUUGGAAUGCAAUUUACUUCCCACCCGAGGGGAAUUGGGUGCUAUUGGGUGGCUUCGGCAACAUCGCGACAGGUCACAUAUCAGUGUGGGACGUGCGAGGGUACAAGAAGGUCGGCGAGUGCACGGCUCCCGACACCACGAGCUUGCAGUGGGACCCGCGGGGGGAAGCGUUCAUCACGGCCACCACAUACCCCAGACUUACUGUUGGAAAUGGGUAUAAAAUUUGGCACUACUCUGGCGCACUUAUGCACAAACGUACUUGUGCCGAAAAAGAAAACUUAUUAUCUAUAAGCUGGCAACCUGGUAGUUAUCCAAAAAGCGAGUUGUCAAAAACAGCUCCAAAGAGUAUAGAACAAGCAACAGCGAAGUCGACCGCGGCGUACAGGCCCCCUGGAGCGAGGAACAGGCCUUCGACUUUCGUGUUGCAUGAACAUGAGAAACCUCACAAACCGGGUCAGAGUGUUGAUGCAACACCAUCAAAGCAAGCAAUCAAGCAAAAAGAGAAGCGUGAAGCCCGCAAGGCGCGCAAGGCAGAGGAGCGCGCGGGGGACGCGUCCCCCUCUGCGCCCCCCGCCGCCUCCCUCGCCGCUCCCGGAGCCGCCGCGCGCGCACCCUUCGUGUCCACCGGAGACCCCGACAAGGACAAAAAGAUUAAGAACAUUAAUAAGAAACUGAGCGACAUUGAAAAACUGAAACAGCAGAAGGCGGCCGGCAAGCCGCUGGAAAUCAACCAGCUCGCGAAGAUCGACAACGAACCGGCCUUGCUGCAGGAGCUGAAUCAGCUCAGAUUAUGAUCUAUAAAUGUUAAUAUCUUGUAAACUAUGUAAAUGACAGAUUGUUUUAAUGUCACUUGUUCUAACGCUUUUUUAACAGAUUAUUUUUUAUGUAUCACCACUGAGCACAAUAUUCCUUGUAUUUACUUAAAAAAAAUAUAUGAAAAUCACGCUCGUCACGUUAAUUAUAUAAUAGCCAGCUGCCCGUCCCAACUUCGUCCUGAUGAAAUAAAAAUUUUGUUUCCUUCCUGAUCGCAGCUGCACUUACUGGGUCCAAGAUUAAUCAUCAUGAGAUCUUAGAGAAACAGCCCAAACAGUUCAAUCAGGAUGACAUACAGAAGACUAAAUACUAAAAAAGUAUGUAAAAGACGUAUUAAGAUUUAAAUACCAAAACGUACUGUAUCUUCUGGAAUAAGUUUUAUUUAUAUUGGCUUAGUCGUUUUUCAGUUAAAAUUAGAAAAAAAAUGUCCUCUACUUUAAUACUAGCAAGCAACCAUUAUGUUUUUGAUACAAAGUCAUACGUCCAAAGGUUAAUUGAAAUAGCCUUCUUUAAAAUUUGCAUCGUGUGAUAAAUUUUAGUUCGAAUUAUAAAUAAGGCAUUUAUUUUAUUUAGAGCGGCGAUUUUCAAAUUCCAAUUCAAAUUUCGUCGUAUGAGUUUGCUAGGUAUGAGCUUACAGAAUAAGUGGAAGCUUCCUAUAAUAUGUUUGAAGACCUUUGAUUUAUAUUUAUUAUCAUUAUUAAAAAAAAAAAAAUGAUAAAUUUACUCAUGUAUUAUAGAGCUGGGUUCUUGAUCAACGACGAGCAUGAAUUAAUUCGUAAACUUCCAGUAGUUGCUGACACAUUAUUAUGUAGUGCUUGCUUGGAUUGGAAUCUUCGAUAUUUGCUUAAUAUUUACGUGUUCAUUAUAAACUAAAUGUUUUUAUUAAUUCAUUCUUAUUUUUUUUAAUUAUUGUUAAUGAGUGUGCAUUUAUAUUUGAAACAAUUAUUUAAUAUUUUUUCGUUUUGAUUUGUGUUUAAAAUUCGACGUUGACUGCUUUACCUUCGUAUAAUAUAUUGUUUAGUUGGUUAUUAGUGAAACAAUGCUGUUUUUUGUAAUAGGUAUUUGGACUGGCAAAUGGGCCACUUGAUGGUAAGUGGUCAUCAUUGAUAAAAGACAUUGGUGCUGCAUAAAAUAAUUAAUCAUUCUUCAUAUCACCAAUACUUUAGGGGUGCCCAAACGGGCUUGUACCGAGCCCUACCACUACCAAGUGGUAGGGCUCAGUACUGUGACAUCUUCUUUCGAAUAUCAAAACAAAGAGAAAAAUCUGAGCUUAAUUAACCCCACUUCACGUAUUUUACUUCCCAACAGCAAUACUUAGUAUGGUUGUGUUCCAAUUUGAAGGGUGAGCCAGCGUAACUACAUGCACAAGAGAUAUAACAUCUUCGUUCUCAAGACCGAUGGGCGCUGGUGACCCAUUUACCAGUCUGCCUACCUAUUUGAAAUAAAAUAAUUGUUUAACUAAACGAAUGAUAGACAACGUUUACAAGGAAGACAUUUAUAAAAAAAAAUGACUUUUGAAAGUUUUGCAGCCUUUGCAUGUCUCAAUUAAUAAAAAAAUCAAUGAUUUUAUGCUUAACUUUAUCUUGUCGAAUACUUUUUUGUUUAGUAUUCGUUGAAAACUUUUAUAUAUAUUAAAUAUAUGGUAUAAAAAUGUUAUAAGACUAUUUAAGUGAAAGUGAAAAUUAUAUUG